CUUAACCGAGGCCACAGCAACCUGUAAGCAUUGCACCAGGCCGAUUUCAGAUGGUGUGCUGUUCUCCCCUCCUAGGAAAAAAUACACAUUGGCCACAGAUAACUUCACAGGAAAAUGAAAAGGAAAAGCAAUCACUUGGACUCCCACGACCUAAAGAUAGGCUCUGUAACUUGGUACCUCAGUGCGUCUCCUUUCCAUCAUGUCUGUCAGUGAUCUAGUUUGAACAAAAGCUUGGGGGUAUCCAGCCGAAGAUGCCUUCUGCUUCCUUGGAAAUCCUGGACUAUCAGCCUAGACUUCCUUCAAAGAGGCAGAUCGCAUCUUGCAGCCUCAGAGUCUGGCCUAGGCCUCCCUCCAGGAGAGGAGGGUGGGCAUCCAGACCUGGAGAAGAACCAAAGGAGGGACAGGUCUGUGAAAAGGUCCUGGCUCAAGGAUUAAGCCGUCUGGAACCUCCUGAGGGGAGCCCCACCCCUCAGCCCAUCUGGGCUUUGGCUGAGAGUGGGGCAGAUAGAAACCCAUCCUCACAGGCACAGAGCCAACACCUUCAGGAGAAACUCGUGGCUGACACAGGGUAACCCAAGUGAGCAGGGACAGAGAAGUCUUUACCCCUGAGGCCUCUGCCAGGGGUCAGAGGUGGGGCUGUGGUCCAAGGGAUGGACAGGGAAACUUCUGAAGCGGGCUGGGGAGGUGACACUCAGCUAGGAUUCUGCCCCAUAAAACAAAAUAGCAUGUGUCACCACUGCCUCCUUUUUCUUGGUCCUGGUUUUCUCCCCAGGUUGCUAGCGUCCCCCCUGGGGAGCCAAACUGGACUGAGCACCAGGUGGCCUGCUUCCCAGCUUCUGACAGAGGGCAAGCUGAGUCAGGCAGGAAAGUGGGCCAGCCAGCAAGCCGGGCCCCCACCCUUCAUGAGCCCCACUGAUACAGGACAGCAGGUAGCUUAUAAGGGGCAGGUGACCUGGCGUGGCGAGCCAGAGAGUAAGUCCUCAAACAAGUGGCAACAGGCCACCAACUUGAAAGGGGAAAUUGUGCUACAACGGGGAAGGUGUCCGACAGACCUACUGGGUGACUAAUUACAAGGGUUGGGCUGGAGCGUCACAGGCCGCUCGUUAAACUCCUCAUUCAGUGGCACCCUGAGAGCUGCCACCUGUGCACUCUGGGAGUGCCAAGGGGACAAGAUCCUAAGGGGGGAGGGUGUGAGCACCCACCGAUGGCACUACUUAAGGUAGACUCUGAAAGAAGCUUGGAUCUCACUUUUAAAACUGCAGCUCACUGCUCAGAGGCUUUGAUGGGACUGGAGCCAAAGCAAGAAGAAUGUAGGUGACUUAGUAGCUGUGACUCUGGGCAAGUGUCUCCCCUUUCUGAGCCUCAGUAUCCUCAUCUCACAAGUGGGAGUAUAGUCAUCGUCCUGCCCACCCCACAGAGACAUAUUAGGGAUGAAAUUAGACCAUGGAUAUGAAAGUGUUCAGAAAACUGUGUAUAGCCACCUAGACACGAAUGAUCUCACCGACACCACGCAGGGGGAUAUACCUGGCAGGGUUAGGAACCCUCCUCUUGCACCUGGCUUUAUGGGCUCUACCUGAGCGGAAGUCAUCCCGAGCCCCUGGAAGGACACACGAGGGAGGAUCUGAUCUGAGAACCUGGGCACCCGUGUAAUGGAGCUAGGACAAGAGGGGGCCAUCUGGAGCCUAGAGAGCUGCCUGUACAGGUGGGGCCAACGCCCAGAUUUCUCCUGCUGACUGUCCCGAUGACUCACCCCCAAGACCAGGCCCUUUUACCUUUAAGGAAGAGCCGGAAAGGGUGUGGGGAAGCAGAGGAGAGGGAGGGAGGUCCUGAGCUCCAGACCCGCCCUUUGCCCCUCCCUACCCUUCUCCGGGCCAGGCCUUCCAGCCAAAAGGCAGGCAGAGCACAGGAGAGGCGCAGAGUCCAGCACUGGUCCCAAGGCAGCCAGUCACCCCACCGCCUACCGGUCCCCAGAGCCAUGGAGAGAGCCAGUCUGAUCCAGAAGGCCAAGUUGGCAGAACAGGCCGAGCGCUAUGAGGACAUGGCUGCCUUCAUGAAGAGCGCCGUGGAAAAGGGUGAGGAGCUCUCCUGUGAAGAGCGGAACCUGCUCUCCGUGGCCUACAAGAAUGUGGUGGGCGGCCAGAGGGCUGCUUGGAGGGUGCUGUCCAGUAUUGAGCAGAAAGGCAACGAGGAGGCCUCGGAGGAGAAGGGCCCGGAGGUACAAGAGUACAGGGAGAAGGUGGAGGCUGAGCUCCGGGGCGUGUGUGACACCGUGCUGGGCCUGCUGGACACCCACCUCAUCAAGGAGGCCGGGGAUGCCGAGAGUCGGGUCUUCUACCUGAAGAUGAAGGGCGACUACUACCGCUACCUGGCCGAAGUGGCCACCGGGGACGACAAGAAGCGCAUCAUCGACUCAGCCCGGUCGGCCUACCAGGAGGCCAUGGACAUCAGCAAGAAGGAGAUGCCGCCCACCAACCCCAUCCGCCUGGGCCUGGCCCUGAACUUUUCCGUCUUCCACUACGAGAUCGCCAACAGUCCCGAGGAGGCCAUCUCUCUGGCCAAGACCACCUUCGACGAGGCCAUGGCUGACCUGCACACCCUCAGCGAGGACUCCUACAAAGACAGCACCCUCAUCAUGCAGCUGCUCCGAGACAACCUGACGCUGUGGACGGCCGACAACACUGGGGAAGAGGGGGGCGAGGCUCCCGAGGAGCCCCAGAGCUGAGGCAGGCCUGCUACCCUCCCCGCCCUGCCCUCUCCAGACCCGCACCCCCGGCAGAGAGGACUUGUAUGGGGUGGGAGGCCCGACCUUUCUCCUUGAGUGCUCUGAUCCAGCUCAGAGCGGAUCCCUGAAGUGGGACCAGCAGAGCUGAGGCCACCUGGAGCCAGGAGAGCGCACGGUUUGUGCGGCUGUUGGGUGCGCCUAACCACUGGCCAUCUCACCCAGCCCUGCCCUCUGCACCCCCUUCCUCGAGAGCCCCCACCUGUGAACCAGGCCACUUCUCCCCUGCUCCUGACUCCCUCCUGCCCCUGCUGCCUCUGGAUCUUAGGAAUUGAGGAGUGUCCCACCCUUGUGGCUGAUUCAGACUGUGUGGCCAAGGCUGGAGAUGUGUGUGUGUGUGUGUGUGUGUGUGUGUGUGCAAGACCUGGAAUAAGAGGGAAAGUAUGUCUGCUGGGUGUGACCAUGUUUCCUCUCAAUAAAGUUCCCCUGUGACACUCC